AUGAGUCAAGCCCUCGAUCCUAAAACUAAAGAGCCCGUGGCUCCGGUGGCUAAGUUGGUAAGGUUUUACUUUGUUAUUUUUUAAACAUUAAUUUGAGAUUUUUGGAGGUAUCACCCGUUUUUCAUCUUCCAAAGGAAAGUAAUGUUAUAAUUGAUAAAAAAAUAUGUGAAAAGUUGUAAUUUCAGCCAUCGUUAAUCCAAGGAGAACGGUUCAAAAUUGCUAAAGGGACUUAUCGGGUUGAGAGGAAGAUAAAAGACAUUGAGAACUGUCGUUUCUAUUUGGUAGCCUGCAUAGAUGACAAAGAAAGAGACAAGAAGUUUGAAGUGAAGGUUCAAUUUAAAGACAAUCCGUCUGGUUACUGGAGGAAGUUUAAGGUAAAUAGAAAGAUUUGAUGUUAAGUUGUGAAAUUUUUAGGGUUUGGCUGAUGUUUUAGGCUUAAAUUCUAGUUUUUUAUUUGAAAGAUUUGUUCAAAGUGUAAUAAUCUGAAGGUUUAGGUAGCAAAUUUUGUUGUUUUCUAAUUUACAUGAGUUGACUAUCUUUUGGAUAACAUAAAAAAUUACAGAACGAAGUACCGAUUUUGGAAAAAGCCAAAAAAUACGAAGAUCAACUGCCGAACUUGGUGCACAUGUUUGAUCAUGGAGAGAUUGGGGACAUCGAAGUUAUAGUCUUGCCUUUCUUUCCUCACGAUCUGGACAAAAUGUACAAGUUUAUGGGAAAGUUUAGGUAAGUAAACGAAAAGUUAAUUUUAAAAUUUUUUCUCGUUUUUAUUCUUCAUACUUUUUGACCAAAGCAUCGGUUUUGAUGGCAUUUAGUUAGUUAAAAGCAUAUUUUUGAUCAUCUAGUAGGUUAUGGUGCUAAGACAAGGCUAAAGGUAGAUAUUGUAGCCAAGAAGAAGCAUACAAAAUAUCGUGCCAAUGUGCAGAUGGCCUGAAGCAAUUGCAUUCAAUGGAAGUGUUCCAUGGCUCAGUGCGACUUUCUAGCUACGUUAUGACAUCGAACGAGAUUGUCAAACUCACCGACUUUGGGCACACAUACAACAAUCAAACUGAUGAUGAGUGGGCUUUUUUGUUUGAUAUUUUUCAAUUGAUUUUAUAAGUUUGAUGAUUUUGAAGUUAUUUUUGAAAGAUUGAUCAAUUUUUACUUUUGGUGAUGAUAAAAAUUUAUUUUUCAAUUUUAGGGCUCCAAAAGUCCUGACCGACGCUUUUAUCAAACCGAACGAGUAUUCAGCACGAGGUGCUCACAUGAACUGGCUGGGGUCAUACAAGGACGACUUGGAGAGCUUGGGUUACUGUAUUGUAGCACUAUUCUAUCGUAGGGGUUUGGAGUGGCGUAGAGCUGGCAGAUCAAAGUUGAUGUUGAAGAUGAAGAAAAAGUUUAUGAGCGAACCGGCUGGUAUGUAAUUUUUUUUGCAAAAAGUAUUGUCGAAUUACCAACUUUUUUAUUUUUAAAGAUUUUUAAAUAUCUGUUAAGCACAUUAUCUUUCAUAUAAGUUAUUGUAUUUUCAGAACAUUUGGACAGCGAAAAGUACCCAUCAUCAAUGCAUAAAAUAUUCCUUCAGGCCGAGGCAAUGAAACGAACUGAUAAGAUAGAUUACUCACUUCUGACCAGGACCCUCACUACUUGUGCAGAAGAAAUGAAGCUUGCACAAGAUGCAAAAGAUCAAAUGUACGGAUUCAUAAACAGAAGACAACCUUCCAAAGAGUACGUAGGUAGUCGAAGUCGCGAUUCCAAUGAAGUUUCGUCAGACGAUGAGAAUAAGAAACAAAUAAAAGGAGGAACUCUUCGAAAACGGUCCAGGACUCCUGAUUGUGUAAAGCCGGUGGAAGGGCAAGGUAAUAGGUCAAGCCAAGAUGAAGUUCCGAAGAAGACUUGA